UAUUAAAAGUUUAAAAAUUAACGAGGUAAAGAGAAUACUCUCAGGAGACCAACCGUGCCAGGGUUGCAUAUCACAUUUUUUACUUCCAUGCCAUUUGGCAGACACGGAUCUUAACAUUCUUUCUGAAGGCCAGAAGAGUGGGGGCCUGCCUCACGUCUGGAGGUUGAGACUUUCUUCCUGGAUCCUGCCAGUUAAACAAUGGGAUCUGCAACAUACCCUCCCUGUCUGAGAAUUGGACAAUAUAAUUGACAUUAAAAGUUGAAUGAGCUGUUUAACACUGAAAGCAAUGAAUGCUGAAUCAAGUAAAAAUCACUGCAAAAUGAUCAAAAUUAGUUUGGUCUCACACUGUAUCUGAGUCAGCGUCCAUGAAAGGAGACGAGUGAAAAGUUUUGUCAUAAUUUUGGUUGGAGAAUUCUUUUUUUUUUUUAAAUUCCUAGAAUCUGAGAGUCACUGUUUUUCAUCUAGUUUAUUCUUCUUCAUUGUGGUCUUCAAGGCUUAAGCUACAGCUUCUUAUGAUUGGCUACCAGCCUGGCCUUACUGUCUAGCUAUUCUGGGAUUUAAUGUCUAAUCAUACUUCAAAGAGACAUCACCUGAACUAAUUGAUAGAAAGCUAUCUAUCUUGAUCUCUUUUCUGAGUACAGAAUGGCUGGGGAGAAUUGGACAGAAAUGCAAAAGGACAAAAAAUCUGUGUCGAUACUGUUCGAGGUAGUGGUCGUAGGUGAAUGAAUUUCAGAGAGGCUAUUUCUUGCCUGCGGGGAGAAAGUGUGGGUGUUUUGGACUUUGAAAGGGUUACACUUUGACUUGGUAAUUAUAAUAAAGUGCUGAUCCCAAAGCGUUUCUCUGAUCUGGAGUUUUCCUUUAAAUAUGCUCCUGUUGCAACUCUUUGUUUAGGUCAGAAGGUGUGGCACUCUACAUAUAUAAUUAUCUCUGCCAGAAUUUGUUCCAUUGAUAGAAGCAGGACACUUGUGCUACAGCCAUGGUCCAUCUAGAGAAAUUUUGUGUAAUUGAGGCCACAAAACCCCAGGUGGGAAAUGUUGAGUUAGUAAAUGCUACGGUUACUAAUACUGCUUUUCCCGCAGUCACAAUGUCCACAAAGAGGUUGUGUAAUGAAGACUACAAUGAUUACAGUUCAACAGAUGUGACUCCCGAUGGCAGUUUCCCAGAUGGCUUGAACAAUAUUUCCAGUCCAUCAUCCUACCAACGAUUUGGAGAAACAAAUGGAACAACAUGGUACCAAACCUUAAUACAUCUCUUGAAAGGAAACAUUGGCACUGGCCUGUUAGGACUUCCGUUAGCAAUCAAAAAUGCUGGUAGUGUGCUGGGUCCCAUCUGCUUGCUUGUGAUUGGAAUCAUUGCAGUACAUUGCAUGGACGUCCUCGUCAAAUGUGCUCACCACCUGUGCCAGAAACAUCAAAAACCAUUUCUGGAAUAUGGGGAUGCGGUGAUGUAUGCGCUAGAAGGUGGUCCCAUUUCAUGGCUCAGAACUCAUUCUAUCUGGGGAAGGUACCUAGUGGGUUUUUUCUUAAUUCUUACUCAGUUGGGAUUCUGUUGUGUAUAUUUUGUAUUCCUUGCUGACAAUUUCAGACAGGUAAUAUCUGCUGCCAAUGGUACCACCAAUGAUUGUAGUGCCAAUGAAACUGCACUAUGGAUUCCAACAAUGAGCUCUCAGUUAUAUAUCCUGUCCUUCUUGCCAUUUGUGAUACUGCUUGUCUUCAUCCAGAAUCUCAAGAUUCUUUCCAUUUUCUCUAUGGUGGCCAAUAUUCUGAUGUUGAGCAGCCUGAUAAUGUUAUAUCAGUACAUUGUCAGGGACAUUCCAAAUCCUAGCCAUCUGCCUAUGGUAUCUGCCUGGAAAACAAUGCCUCUCUUUUUUGGUACAGCCAUCUUUGCCUUCGAAGGCAUUGGAGUGGUGCUCCCUCUAGAAAACAAAAUGAAGAACCCACAGCACUUUCGCACUAUCCUGUAUGUGGGAAUGGCAAUUGUUACCACGUUCUACCUCAGCUUGGGAACACUAGGAUAUUUGCGCUUUGGAGCUAACAUCCAGGCCAGCAUCACUCUCAAUCUCCCCAACUGUUGGUUGUACCAGUCUGUCAAGCUGCUCUACUCCCUCGGAAUCUUCUUCACUUAUGCUCUGCAGUUCUAUGUCCCUGCAGAAAUAAUAAUUCCUGUGGCUGCUUCCAAGAUCCCAGAACGUUGGAGAUUAUGUUUCAAAGUGCUGCUGAGGGUACUCCUCGUCUGCAUAACAUGUGCCCUCGCAAUAUUGAUUCCUCGCUUGGACAUUGUCAUAGCUCUGGUAGGCUCAGUGAGCAGCAGUGCUCUAGCACUUAUUAUCCCGCCCCUCUUGGAGAUCUUCACCUAUUAUUCGGAAGGCCUGCACCCACUCAUCCUGGCCAAAGAUAUUCUCAUCAGCCUCUUCGGUAUUAUUGGCUUUGUUGUGGGGACAUAUGAAUCCCUCUACGAACUGAUUGUACCAACUGUGUCCAAUGCCACUAUUGCUUUACCAUGACACUGUAACCUGUUUUCACUUUGAAAAGUUAUCUGCAGUUCAGAUGGAUCUUGAGUUUCUUCAUAGCAACUGCAGGAAUUUGGAGCUCCUUCUUGCUUUCCAAAUCUAUUUAUUUUAUAGAUUAAACAGAUAAGGCCAUGGUUAAAAAAGAAGGGGCUCUUUUUUAGUGCUUUUAUUUAUUUAUGCUUCUUUUUUGGUAUGGGGUUGAUUUAGAAGACAUAUAAAAACAAAAAAACAAAAAUGGGUGCUCCAUUAUUCUUACCGGGAAGAAACAGAAUGUCGUGCAAGCAUCUUGGAUUUUACUAGACUUCUGGAUCAAGAGCAGUGAAUGUGGGGAGAAUUAGGAGUCCUAAUACUCCUCACCAGAUGAUUUUUAUGAAGCCUUUUGAGCAUCAUGUUGCCGGUUCAUUUUUAUUUUCAUUGUUCUUGUUCUAAACUACUUCAGGCUAUCCAUUUAGAAACGAUAUGUCUCCUUUCUAAAGUAAUUUCCUCCUUUUGGAUAGUUGCAUGUCAAGUGAGAUAGAGCUUGAGAAUGGUAGCUAACACAGCAGAAGGAAGUGCAAAUGAAACUCGAUGUGUAAUAUUAAAAACAGAUGCUAUAAGUUCAUGCUCCUAUCCCAUGAAGUUGUGUGUCUAUUGGUAAUAAAACUGAAAGCUAAAAACAGCAUCAAGCUGUAUAAUCUAUAAUUCUCAGGCAAACACCAAUUGGAUUGCAUAUAGAAAUAAGGUUCAUAUUGCUAAAUCCAGCACUAUGCUAGUUUGACUCUUCAGCAGGGUUCAUAUCAAAUUGCUGUGGGAAAAAAAGAUACAUGUGUGAGCUGGACAGGAGAUUGAAAAGUGUUUUUAAAGAUUUUUUUAACAACAGGAUAUUAUAAACCAAUUCUCUGUUGUAAGCUUUUGCUUUGUUGUAGCUUCAAGGAACAUUCACUAAGCAUACAUUUUGAAAAAUGCCUUGAAUGUCAUGAUUAUAAUCCAAUUUCAUGUAAACAAUAAUUUCACAUGAGUAUAUAUGUAUAUAAACUAUAAAACAUAACGUGAGUCAGAGGCAUAGUUGUAACUUCUGAAUUAUUUUGCUUCUAUAUUAUGGAAACACUUUGAGGCUACUUAACAAUCAUAGCCAAUUAGCAUGUGUACAUAGGUUAAAUUCAUGGGCCCAACUUUCACGGUUUUCUUAUUUCACAUAUAAGAGGCCUUGCAAAGUGAGCCAAUCAAAAUGGAUAAAUAAAUUGAUUGAGCAGGCACAUGGAGAUUCUUAUAUUAAAAGUGCAAUACACAUCCUAUUUUCUGUUAUUUGCCUUUGUUCUCAGGAACACUCUUCUCAGAAGCAGUGUUGAAAUUAAAUGGUUUACACAAAGGUUAUUUUCAGAAUUUUCUUCCUAAGAUUUCAGCUGCUUCAUGGCAUUAUUAAGUAUUUGAUACUACCAUUUCGGUUUUCUAAACUAAUCAUACGUGUGGCUUGCAUUAUGGUUUCUUCUGUUUUUAUCUAAUUAGCCAAGCAAUCUGAAUUUGACUGUAACACUUAAAUUAUAAUUAAAAUGCAAUUUACUAGGAAGCAAUUUUUUGCUCCCUGAAUUCAGGAGGGUUUAUUUCUGUCAGGUUAUGGUUUAAAAAGAGGAAGAUGGGAUGCAUACCAUUGUUUAUUUCUUCCAGUAAUCAUGAUUAGGUUGUAUCUUAAACUUUGUUCUUGAAUAAGCCACACAGAAUGAAGAAGGGGGCGAGGUAUGAUCACUAUUCAGAUAUGGCACCCAAAUAUUUAUUUAACACUUUAAAUAGAAACUGAAAUGUAGGGUUUAUGAAUUAUUUUUGAAAUGUUUUGUAGCCUGGUUUUAAAUAUCAUUGUAAUGAUUUAUCUACUUUCUAUGCAUUGCUGUAUGGUUGAUUAAAUAAUUAAAUGAAUUGAGAGUUAGCGUCCUAUCCCCUUUCUCAUUCUUCUGAAACUACAGAUGUCUCUUUAAGUGUGAGAUAUACUUGGGGUUUGUAUUUCUUUCCCCAUAUACUGGUAGUAAAGCAUGUGAGAAAAUAGACAAAUAUUCAGUGUUCUGGUCUUGGCAACAUCAUGGUGAAAUGUAAAUUAAAACUGCUUUAAAUUUUGCCAGUGAACUCAGGACAUUGAGACAUGAGCAGAAACCUGCAGGUUACUGGUAUUGCAAGUUUUUGCCAUGAUUAACUAGAACCUUUGCCAGGUAGCCAGAGUAGUCAAGAGUAAAUAAAAUUUAAAGUAAUAAUGACACAUUUCUUAACUUUAAAAAAAAAUAAACUGAUAUUUUGACUUCAUAAUUAUUACAAACAGAAUUGAUGUUAUGCUUGUGCAUUCUUGCAGUCUUAUAAUCUUUAUCUUGAACUGUUAUAAGUGAUUAUGUGAACAUUAUGUGAACAUUAGAAGUGAAACAGAAGCAGAAUGGAUGCAGAAAGUAGAAAAACAAGGGAAUUUAAUGAAGUCGCAAAGAAACAUUAUUGAAUUUGAUACUGGCUUUUUAACUUUGGGAUUACCCCACUUUUCAAAUAGUAAGUGCCAUUAAGGCCAAUUUGGUAGAUGUUCUUAAGUUUAACUUCCAUAGAAAAUGCAGGAUUUUAACAUUUAUUGAUUUGUAGAUUUUCCAUUAUUUGAAAAGUUCAUCACUGCAUAAUAUUGCUUUGAUAGCAUUCUGCUAGUCCCUGAGGAUCCAAGGUUGGCUAUUAGUUGUAUUAGUCACAGCCACAGUCACAGCCACUGAAUGAAAUGAUUUUGUUCAUUUAUUUCUCAAUAGAUGCCUUAAUAUGUCUUUGUAAUGUAUGGUUCUAUAAAACUUUGUAUUCUGACUGAACACUAUGUGAAGCAUUCUUCUCGGUGGGAAUAGUACGUCUUGACUUCUACAGAAUUAACACUUUUUCCAGUCAGGAUUUUAAUGAAAAAAAUUUACAUCAGACAUUACCACUAAUUAUAACGUAUAUCCUUGACAUUGUGGCUGAUUGCCUUGUCUGGGUAUACGUGUUAAAAUUGCCUACAUACAAUUAUCUUUUACCAUUUCUUUUUUCCCCCCUCUAGAAUAAACUGUGGCCUAUUUGUAUGUUCUUGCACAGCACAGAAAGAUUAUUGAAUUAUUGGAUUAUCUAUAUACUUGUUUCCAGUAGUCCUCAUAGAAGGAUGAAGCUACAGCAAUGGCCAUAUUAAGAGUUUUUUGAUCUGUUGUCUAGUUGUGUCUGUAAUUUAGUCGUGUCCUCCUCAGAUCUCAUACUGAGUCAGUAAUUAUGAGAUUUGAAGUAAACAUUUCUGAUUUCUCUCUCCGUAAGUUAUCUUUGUCAUCUAGUCUGUUCUGUUAAUGAGUAAAAAGGGCAUUUCAGUGUCAGUCAGGUCUGCUUACUUUAAUUUGUUUUAUUUGUAAAAGAAAUGAUUGCACUUGUGAAAUUAGAUAUGUGCAAAAUCCAAACACAGUUUUGGUAUUCCCUAAACAUUUAUGACUAUCGAAAUCCCCAAAAUUGACUUCCAAGGGUGGACACAUUGAAGGUAUUGAGAUCUGUGCAUAGAUCUAAGAAACUGGAACACUACAUAUUUGGAGACUAGAUGAAAACCCCAGCUAAUGUUUGUGCAGAGCUUUGGGAACAGUUUCCAAUUCUUCAAGGUUAUUCUUAAUUUAUCACUUUGGGCCUUUGUCUUCAAUUAGAUAUACUGCUGCUCUUUUUAGGGUAGCUUGAUGACACAUAUUUAACUAUGGUACAGAAUCAGGCAAAUAUAUUUUGAGUAACCUAAAUUUGGGGGUGGAUGCAAUUAUCCUCAAAUGUUUCUACAAGGAGUGACUUUGAAGAUAGGAAACAAUGUCUGUUUGUGUGUCUAUUGAAUCAGUCAAUGUUUAUUUAUUUGUGCCUACUUGUGUGUACAACAAGCCACUAUGUACAUUGGGUAUACUCUGUAGGAGAUGCAGGUGAUGUUAUGUAUGAUAAUGCUGUAACUGAAUGAUAUAUUUUACUGGAUGUUUCAUUCAAUAAAUUCAGGUUUUUUUACUGCA